AAUAUGGCGGCGCCCAGUGGCGGUGUGAACUGUGAGGAGUUCGCCGAGUUCCAGGAAUUACUCAAGGUGAUGAGGACGAUUGAUGACAGAAUAGUUCAUGAAUUAAACACUACAGUUCCAACAGCUUCCUUUGCAGGGAAAAUUGAUGCCACCCAAACCUGUAAACAACUUUAUGAGUCUUUGAUGGCAGCUCAUGCUAGUAGGGACAGAGUCAUAAAAAAUUGUAUAGCCCAGACCUCAACAGUAGUAAGAAACCUCCGAGAAGAGAGAGAAAAGAAUUUGGAUGAUUUAACGUUAUUAAAGCAACUUAGAAAAGAACAGACAAAGUUGAAAUGGAUGCAGUCAGAACUGAAUGUUGAAGAAGUAGUAAAUGACCGGAGUUGGAAGGUGUUUAAUGAACGCUGCCGAAUUCACUUCAAGCCUCCAAAGAAUGAAUAGAGAGAGAGAUACUGUUUUUUAAAGGACCGGGUCAUCUCAUAAGAGCUAAGCACGACAGACAUCUGCAGGGUGGGCCACCUAAGAUGAUUUCUGAGCCAACAGUCCAAGACCUUGUGUUGAUUUCAGCCCUACUUAGCCAAGACCUCAAAUAUAAAUAAUUCUGAUAAUUAUGGAGAUAUCAAUUGCUAUUUUAUACUGAUUCUGUAAAAAAAAAGUUUUAUAACUAUUAAAAUAAUUUUCUGAUUCAGUGU